CUUCGGAUAACUUCGGGCUGUCGAUAACGAGGACGAGGCUGGGAAAUUUUCUUCGCAGGGAUUGAUUUUUACUUUCAAUUUUUCUUUGAAUGAAAUAUCUCUUGGAUUUUACUUAAUCGGACAAAAUGGAUUAGCAUUAACUACCUUGGUUUUGUUGACAAGUUGUCCAGAGUUGGACAGUAGGAGUAUAUAUAUAUACACAUUCUGGUGAUUCCAUCAUGGCAGAUUUUGAUCCUGAAACGUUACUAGAAUGGCUACAGAUGAGUACCGGAGAGGAACGAGAGAUGCAGUUGAUUGCGUUAGAGCAGCUCUGUAUGCUCCUACUAAUGUCAGACAAUGUUGACAGAGUGUUUGAAAGCUGUCCGCCAAGAACAUUUCUUCCUGCACUGUGUCGUAUAUUUCUUGAUGAAAGUGCUCCUGAUAAUGUACUAGAGGUGACUGCACGUGCAAUUACAUAUUACCUAGAUGUAUCAGCAGAGUGCACAAGACGUAUUGUAGCUGUUGAGGGAGCAGUGAAGGCUCUUUGUAACAGACUUACCCUUGUUGAAAUGUCAUCCAGGACCAGCAAAGAUCUUGCUGAACAGUGUAUCAAAGUACUGGAGUUGGUCUGCACGAGAGAAUCUGGAGCCGUGUUUGAGUCAGGUGGUCUCAAUUGUGUGCUCACGUUUAUUUGUGAACAUGGUUCCUACGUUCAUAAAGACACGUUACACUCGUGCAUGUCAGUUGUGUCAAGACUAUGUGGAAAGAUGGAGCCGAAGGACAGCUCUCUACAAGGAUGUGUAAUCUCCCUGUCUGCCUUGCUCAACCAUGAUGACACAUUCGUGAGUGAUGGAGCCUUGAGAUGCUUUGCCUCAUUGGCUGAUAGAUUUACAAGAAAAGGGGAAGACCCGGCCCCACUUGCCACACAUGGACUUAUAGAAGUAUUGUUACAACGUUUACAACAAGCAGGGGAGCCAGGACCGAAUACAUCAGUAUCUAGUACACCAGGAAAGGUGAGUGUCACACCGGAGGUGAAGUCGAGUCCAAGUAUAUCAACUGUGAUAAGUUUAUUACUGACACUGUGUCGAGGUUCACCAACAAUCACACAUGAUCUGUUGAGAUCUGAGCUGCCUCAUGCCAUAGAAUGUGGUCUUAAAGGAGAUGAGAGGUGUUGCCUGGAUACAAUGAGACUGGUAGACCUGUUACUUGUCCUGUUGUUUGAAGGUCGUAGUGCUUUACCUAAAGUUGGGGUAUCAUCUGUCUCAGGUAGAUUACCAGGACUACGUAGAAUGGACAGUCUAGGAGAGAGGUCACAUAGACAACUAAUUGAUUGUAUACGCAGUAAAGACACAGAUGCUUUAAUUGAUGCUGUAGAUAAUGGUUUUGAGGUGAACUUUAUGGAUGAUGUUGGGCAGACUUUACUCAACUGGGCAUCUGCCUUUGGAACUCAGGAAAUGGUUGAGUUUUUGUGUGAGAGAGGAGCAGAUGUGAACAGAGGUUUGAGGUCCUCUUCUCUGCAUUAUGCAGCUUGUUUUGGACGGCCACAGAUUGUGAAAACUUUACUUAGGUAUGGAGCAAACCCUGACCUGCGUGAUGAAGAUGGAAAAACUCCGCUAGAUAAAGCUAGAGAAAGAAGUGAUGAAGGACAUAGAGAAGUUAUACAGAUAUUGCAGUCACCAGGUGAAUGGAUGGUUCCAUUACAAAGGGACAGCACUCCUGUGUCUAUGGAGGAGAAAGAGAAAAAAGAAGAGACACCGAUGGAAGUUGAUGACCCUGCGGAGCCAAAAGGUGACCCAGAGGUGGCGCCACGAUAUGUACAGAGACUAUUACCAGUAUUUACCAAUGUGUUCCAAAGUUCUAUGAUACAAUCUAUACGAAAAUCUAGUUUAUCUCUGUUAAAGAAGAUGGUACAUUAUAUAGAAGGUCCACUAUUAGAGGACUUGUGUAAUCAAAGUGGGUCAUCAGCAGGGGUCAGCUUCGCUACAUCACUGACAGAGGUCCUAGCUAAUGUUCUAGACCAUGAGGAUGACGAUGAUGGUCACCUAACUGCAUUACAAAUCAUACAGGAAGUGAUGAGAAAAGGGGGAACACUCUUCCUGGACAACUUUGCUAGGUUAGGAUUGUUUGGCAAGGUUCUCUCCCUUGCUGGACCACCAGAAGAUGAGGGCGCUGUUGGAAGUAAUGAAAAGGAUGAGGAUGGGAGUGUACAAGAAGAUGCCUCAGAUAUUGUUCAGGGUAAACCAUACCAUUGGAAGGACUGGUGUAUGGUACGGGGUCGAGACUGUCUAUACUUGUGGAGCGAUGCAGCUGCAUUAGAACUUUCUAACGGCAGUAACGGCUGGUUCAGGUUUAUUCUAGACAGUAAACUAGCUACCAUGUACUCUAGUGGAAGCCCUGAAGGUGGAUCAGAUAGUUCAGAGAAUAGAGGAGAGUUUCUAGAGAAGUUACAACGUGCUAAAAGUCAGAUAAAACUUGGUACACCUAGUCAGCCUAUUAUGUCACAUGUGUCGGCAAACAGGAUCCUGGUGGGAAACUGGGCCAUAACGUGUAAGAAGGAAGGAGAGUUACAUAUACAGAAUUCUGAUGGCCAACAUCAAGCUACAAUUUUAAAAGAGGAUUUGGCAGGGUUUGUGUUUGAAUCAAAUCGUGGUACAAAACAUUCCUUCACUGCCGAGACUUCUCUAGGACCAGAGUUCUCAGCAGGCUGGGGUGGUAAAAAGAGCAGGAAGUUCAGGUCAAAAAUUGAUGCUCUCAGAUCAAAGGUAAAGAGUCAAGCUAGAGAGAUUUAUGAUGAGUAUUUCAAGACGGCCGAGUCAACACCUCGCAGUAUUGUAUAUAAGAUGAAGAUGAUUGUUCAAAAACUAGAGGCAGCCUGUGCCAAACAAAUUACUCAAGUCAAGAGUGCGGAUGGUCAUGUAAAUUGGCAGGAGGAAAUGAGACAUGCCCUCGAGGAGCUGGUGGAUCUAUUGAAGGAUGAACAUACUAUAUCAGCUUUUGAACUGUACUCUAGUGGACUUGUACAAACUCUUCUCAAUAUACUUAGUAAUAAUAUAGAAGAACCUAACACAAAAGGCAGCCAGAAAAGAACAAAGGAAAGAAUCAACAUAUUUAGACUUGUGUUCAGAGAUAGAGAAGGGGGAAUGUCACCAGCAGUGUCACUAGUGAGGAAGUUGAUAGCAGUGUUUGAAUCUAUAGAGAAAUUACCUGUAUAUAGUUAUGAUCUGAAUGGGUCUGGAUAUGGUCUACAGAUAUUUACCAGGAAGAUAAGAUUUCAGUUAGAACGUGCACCAGGUGAGACAAGUCUAAUUGACAGAUCUGGUCGUAACCUGAAAAUGGAACCUUUAACUACUGUUGGUUCCCUGGAGAAAUACUUACUUAAAAUGGUUGCUAAGCAAUGGCAUGAUUAUGACAGGGGUACAUUUAACUUUGUGAAGAGAUUGAAGGAAGGUCAGACAGUGACGUUUACACAUCAACAAGACUUUGACCAGAACGGUCUACUCUACUGGAUAGGAACUAAUGGAAAGACUGUACAAGAAUGGAUAAAUCCAGCACAGUAUAACUUGGUUGUGGUAACAUCAUCAGAGGGUAGAAAUUUACCAUAUGGUAAACUAGAGGAUAUCCUUAGUAGAGAAAAUGCUGCACUCAACUGCCAUACCAAUGAUGAUAAGAAAGCCUGGUUUGCAAUAGAUCUAGGUGUGUGGAUUCUACCAUCAAAUUAUACUCUAAGACAUGCUAGAGGAUAUGGCAGGUCAGCUCUUAGAAAUUGGUUGUUGCAAGUUUCUAAAGAUGGUCAGACAUGGACGACGCUGUUGGAUCAUAAAAAUGAUUCAACUCUCAGUGAUCCUGGGUCAACAGGCUCUUGGCCUCUUGUUCCUCCAAAAGAAGAGACCCAGGGUUGGCGUCAUAUUAGGAUUCAACAGAAUGGGAAGAAUGCAAGUGGUCAAACACAUUACCUGUCUCUAUCUGGGUUUGAGAUUUACGGCACUGUUACAGGGGUUUGUGAUGAUUUAGGUAAGGCAGCUAAGGAAGCGGAGGCAGUAUUAAGAAGACAGAGGAGGUAUAUUAGAACACAUGUAUUAAAACAGAUGUCACCUGGUGCCCGGGUUAUUAGAGGCAUGGACUGGAAAUGGAGGGACCAGGAUGGUAACCCACCAGGGGAGGGAACUGUGUCUGGAGAACUUCAUAAUGGUUGGAUCGAUGUAACUUGGGAUUCAGGAGGAUCCAACUCGUACCGUAUGGGAGCUGAGGGCAAAUAUGAUCUACAACUAGCAGCCUCACAUGAUCCUGAAAGAUUGAAACCCCUUCCUAAAGUAGAACAAGGAGCAGUAGGUGGGGUCAAGGUCAAAGUUACCUCGGCUGUUGGUGAUAAAACAAAAAUGAGUGUAUUAACAAGUAGAAAGAGCAGUUCUACACCAAGUCUGAAUGAAGUAAAUGAUAAUAAACCGUCUGUAGCUGCCACGGAACAAGCUGCCUCAGCCGAUAAUCUCACUCAAACUGUCAAAUCUGUUGCUGAGAAUCUAGCCGAGAGCAUGAUGAACCUGGCGACCUCUGACUCGGGGGUAAAGGUCACAUUGCAGACAGUAGAGGAUGAACUUGACUUUGAUAAUAAUAGUUUACAAGAGGAACCCUCCCAGCCCUCGGAACCGACAGUGCUAGUACAUGCCCAGGGAGAUGGUGCCAUAGUGACACAGUCAGAACAUGCCCAGGAACAGGAACUGGCUGGUGUGGAGGUCAAAAAUGAAGGUGCUUCAGCUGAAGCUAAAGCUGAGGUGAAGGUUGUAGAGAGGACAAAUCAAGUAAAUGCCAGUAAGACUGAGGCUCAGACUCGUACUUCACCUACCAACCCAAUGUCUGUUAGUGUACCUAACCUGCCAGCCAGCAUGGAACAGUCUAUGAGUCUACUGGAAACAUUUGCUGCCGUGGCACGUAGAAAUGCUGGCAAUAACAUGUUGAGGAGUAGUAAUCUGGUUAGAUUGUUACCACCUAACUCUCCCAGUGAUUGGACAGAUACCUUAUUGUCGGCUGCCCAGAGUUUUCCAAAUCUGACAACAUCUCUGACAAAUACAUCAAACACUCUGACAACAACACAGACAAUGGCAAAUGUGACUUCAUUAAGUCAGGCUUUGACACGAAGUUUGACAUCAACAUCUAGUGAGAGUGACAAUGAAUUUCUGGAGACUUGUCGUCCAACAUCGCUCCUCACUGACCUCGAAGAUGAUGAUGAAUUACCCGAACCAGAUGAUGAUGAUGAUGAAAAUGAUGAUGAAAAUGAAGAUGAUGAUAUGUAUGAUGAUGUACUUACUGUGGAUGAUGAUGUAGAGUUAAGUAGAGAAAGAAAGAAGACAUGGGAUGAUGAGUUUGUAUUGAAGAGACAGUUCUCAGCUCUAAUACCAGCGUUUGAUCCUCGACCAGGACGUACAAAUGUCAAUCAAACACAAGAUGUGGAGAUACCGCAGCCAGGGUCAGGGGAGACUGCUGUAAAACAAGAGAAGGAACAAUCUGAGCAGCCGAAAAUUGUCCUCUACCUGAAAACACCAAUGUCACUUCCUGGGGUUCUAGAUGAUGAUCUGCCUCUAGUAGAAGACAAUUCAUGUAUAUUUAGAUAUAUUCAACAAUUACUGGUAACUGGCUCAACAGGAAAUAGAAAUGAAAGACUGAAAAGAAUUUGGGAACCAACAUAUACUAUAAUGUAUAGAGAAUUAAAAGAUGGUGAGACAAAGUCUGAAUUAAACAUGAAGGAAUCUACUGGUACUAUACAGAUUCUCAAUGAAUGGGAAACACCAAGAAGUAACGACCCUAUAGCCUGCACUGUAGAUCAUGUCCUCAAAUUGUUACAGAGACUGUAUGCUCUCUCCAUGGAACAGGGCGUUAGCAAUAAUAAAUACGACAAUAUGGAUAUGUCACUUAACAUGAGUGUUGAAGAAUUUGUUAGUAAGAAAGCUACAAACAAAUUGGUUCAGCAGACAAAGGAUCCUCUUGUCCUGGCAAGUAAUGCAUUACCAAGCUGGUGUGAGAGUAUGACAAAAUGGUGUCCCAUGUUGUUUACGUUUGAAACUAGGCAGCUCUACUUUACUUGUACAGCUUUUGGAACUUCAAGGGCAAUAGUGUGGCUUCAAGGUAAGAGAGAUCAGCAUUUAGAACGUCAUCGUGGCCCUGUACCUCGUAGAGAUGAUGGUGGUGAAUACAGAGUAGGACGUCUCAAACAUAAAGAGAAAAUCCCGGGGGAGAGUUUAGAAUGGGAAAUACAGAUGCUGAAGUUCCAUGCACAGAGAAAGUCUGUACUGGAGAUAGAGUUCAAUGGAGAGGAAGGUACUGGACUCGGACCUACUCUAGAGUUCUACGCCCUGGUAGCCGCAGAGUUACAGAAGACUAAUAUUGGCAUGUGGCUAUAUGAUGAUGACUUCCAUGAAGAGAUUGAACGAGAUGUUGAUAUUGGUGAAGGUGUUAAGCCUAGAGGAUUCUAUAUUCAGAGAUCAGGGGGCCUGUUUCCCGCCCCAUGGCCACAAGACUGUGCUGAUCUUGAUAGAAUAGAAAAUUUAUUCCACUUUGUAGGUAUAUUAUUAGCCAAGUGUAUACAAGACAAUCGCCUUAUAGACCUGCCCCUGUCUGUACCAUUCUUAAAGUUAAUGUGUAUGGGUGAAGUUGGCCAUAAUAUAACACAACAGUACACUCUAUCUCUAGCAAAGACCUCCAGUAACAUGACAGAAUCUGUAACUAGUGAAGGUAGUGAGAUAUUUACUGGAGAAGACUUUGAUAAAGAAUUAAUUCUCGAUCCACCAAAGCCUCGUCAUCCGAUGGUACCACCGUGGUACGAGGGAAUACUCUGUGAGGACGACAUGGAUAUUAUAGAUCCACACAGGUCAGGAUUCCUGAAACAAUUACGAGAACUGGCAGCCAAAAAACAGAGGAUAAUGAAAGAUAAGACAAUGUCAGAGGACAAGAAGAAUAUUUGUCUACAAGAACUUGCCCUACCUGAUCCCAGGAUUCCAUCAGCAGGAGUCUUCCUUGAAGAUUUAGGACUAACGUUCCAGUUCAAUCCAUCAUCUAAGAAGUAUGGAUUUACAGCAAUAGACCUCAAACCUGACGGUGAAGAUGAGGAAGUGACACUGCAGAAUGUAGAGGAGUACACUGAUCUAGUUUAUGACCUCUGCCUUAAUUCUGGCUUACGUAGACAGAUGGAUGCAUUCAGAGCUGGAUUUAAUAAAGUUUUCCCCAUGGAAAAGUUGCAUUCAUUCUCACCAACAGAACUAGGAACUAUAUUGUGCGGUGAACAAGCCCCUAAUUGGACGAAGGAAGACAUACUGACUUACACAGACCCUAAACUAGGCUAUACAAAAGAUAGUGCCGUGUUCCAGCGCCUGGUAAAUGUAUUAGUUGACCUAAGUCCGGAUGAGCGUAAAUCUUUCCUGCAAUUUACUACAGGAUGUUCCUCCUUGCCACCAGGGGGCCUUGCCAAUCUUCACCCUCGUCUAACUGUCGUGAGGAAGGUAGAUGGCGACGACAAGAGUUUCCCAUCUGUUAACACUUGUGUACAUUAUCUUAAACUGCCAGAAUAUUCAUCAGAAGAGAUACUGCGUGAGAGACUGUUGGCUGCGACUAGAGAAAAAGGUUUCCAUCUUAAUUGAUGUUGUACAGCAGGAUAGAAUAAUUUUAAGUUCACAACUCGUGUCUUUCUGAGGUGAAAUCAAUGUACCUCU